AUGGUGCAAAUUUGGUAUAUGGAGCCAUAUCCAUGCGGCGAUCCACGGCUACCACAUCAUUUAUUUCCGCCUAAAAAGAUCACUCCUAAUGAAUUAACGAAACGAACUGGAACACUUUAUUUCAAGGUUGACACAACAGAUCAGAUUUCAAUGUCAAAACGAAUCGCCUUACUUAAAAAGGGAAGAAAAUUGACAAAGGAGGACAUAUAUACAUUAAACGCUAGAACCACUCCAGAUUUCGAAGAUAAGAUUGAGGAGCUAUUCGAAGAAAUCGAACUAAGCAAUGAGAUAGCUCUGCUUAUCAUGGAAGGCUCCGCAUACUACGAUGUUGAAGAUGGCUGCGGUAACUGGUUGAGGAUCUUAUGCGAGUAUGGCGAUUUAUUAAUAAUCCCAGCUGGAAAACUUCAUAGGUUUACGACGACAACCGAAAAUUUCGUCAAAAUGCGCCGCUUUUUCAAGGCUGAUAAACAUUAAGCGAAUCACUCGUCUUAAUUUUUCAUUUGAUUAAUUGCACAUAAUGUAAAAUUCUUCUUUCAACAUCCUUGACCUCUGUAGCUGAAACAUUCUCCGUACUAAAAAA